CUACCAAGAGCGAAUGUGUGCCUCCCGGAUGUAAAAUGGCGCCCCGGGUGUCAGUAGUCGGUCUCAUGGCCGUUGUUCACUAGGGUUCCCCCUGGCGUUGGAAAAGCAGGAGGCGGGGAGACUGCGGAUCACACACUCGCCACCACCAUUCUAUCCGGCGCCAAAGCCGAGCUCCCACACAGCCAUCCCCCCAAGCUGCCGCCGCUCACCCCGCGGCCACCCAUGGCUCUGUGUAACGGAGACUCCAAGACCAGUCUGGACUAACACCCCUCCAGCUCAUAGGCAUUUGUACAUGCAAAUCAUGUGCAUGCACAUCAUCUAGAACCUUGUGCCACAGCUGCAUUUAGUGGCACUGUCAGACCUGCAGUGGAUGGUAUAACACAUCCAUAAAUUCAUCCUGACGAUAAUGGCCAAGCUGGUCAAAGCAGAAACUGACACAAAGGAUGGGCAGCAUCACUAUGAAGGGGCUGUAGUGAUUCUAGAUGCUGGGGCACAGUAUGGAAAAGUCAUAGACCGCCGUGUUCGCGAGUUCUUUGUGCAGUCUGAAAUCUAUCCACUGGAAACACCAGCGUUUGCCAUCAGAGAACAAGGAUUCCGGGCUAUUAUUAUAUCAGGAGGACCAAACUCUGUGUAUGCAGAAGAUGCUCCUUGGUUUGAUUCUGCUAUAUUUACAAUUGGCAAGCCAGUUCUUGGGAUCUGUUAUGGCAUGCAAAUGAUGAAUAAAGUAUUUGGAGGAAGUGUCCAUAAGAAAAAUGUGAGGGAAGAUGGAGUGUUCAGUAUCAGCAUUGAUAAUUCAUGUUCUUUGUUCAGGGGGCUGCAGAAGGAGGAGGUCGUGUUGUUGACACAUGGAGACAGUGUAGACAAAGUAGCUGAUGGAUUCAAGGUAGUUGCACAGUCCGGUAACAUAGUAGCAGGAAUAGCAAAUGAGUCCAAAAAGCUUUAUGGGGUACAGUUCCACCCAGAAGUGGGCCUGACAGAGAAUGGCAAAGUCAUGUUGAAAAAUUUUUUGUACGAUGUUGCGGGAUGCAGUGGUACUUUUACCGUACAGAACAGAGAAAUUGAAUGUAUACGAGAAAUCAAGGAGAAAGUUGGCUCGUUGAAGGUCUUGGUGCUACUGAGUGGUGGCGUUGAUUCUACAGUCUGCACAGCUCUUUUGAACAAAGCCUUAAAUCAAGAUCAAGUUAUUGCUGUGCACAUAGACAAUGGUUUCAUGCGCAAAAGGGAGAGUCAGUCUGUAGAGGAAGCCCUGAAAAAACUGGGAAUCCAAGUCAAAGUUGUGAACGCAGCACAUUCAUUUUAUAACGGAACAACAACGCUGCCAAUAUCCGAUGAGGAUAGAACACCACGUAAAAGAAUCAGCAAGACCCUUAACAUGACUACAAACCCUGAGGAGAAGAGGAAAAUUAUUGGGGACACGUUUGUGAAGAUUGCAAAUGAGGUCAUUGGUGAAAUGAACCUUAACCCUGAAGAGGUAUUUCUUGCACAAGGAACAUUGCGACCAGAUUUGAUUGAAAGUGCGUCUGUGAUUGUCAGUGUUAAAGCCGAAGUUAUAAAAACUCAUCACAAUGACACAGAGCUCAUCAGAAAGCUGAGGGAAGAGGGUAAAGUAAUAGAACCAUUAAAAGAUUUUCAUAAGGAUGAAGUCAGAGUGUUGGGGCGAGAGCUUGGGCUGCCGGAAGAUGUUGUGUGCCGACAUCCCUUCCCUGGUCCGGGGUUAGCGAUUCGCGUUAUAUGUGCCGAAGAGCCUUACGUCUGCAAAGACUUCCCUGAAACAAACAACAUAUUAAAAAUAGUUUCAGAUUAUUCAGCAAGUGUUAAAAAGCCUCAUACACUCCUACAAAGAGUCAAAGCCUGCACUACAGAAGAGGACCAGGAGAAGCUGAUGCAGAUCACUAGUCUACAUUCACUGAAUGCCUUUUUGUUGCCUAUUAAGACAGUCGGAGUGCAGGGUGACUGUCGUUCUUACAGCUAUGUGUGUGGUAUCUCUAGUAAGGAUGCCCCACACUGGGAGUCCCUCAUGUACUUAGCCAGACUAAUCCCACGAAUGUGCCACAAUGUUAACAGAGUUGUAUAUGUGUUUGGACCACCAGUGAAAGAACCUCCUACUGAUGUUACUCCUACCUUUCUAACAACAGGAGUACUUAGCACAUUACGUCAAGCUGACUUUGAGGCCCAUAAUAUUCUGAGAGAGUCUGGUUAUGCCGGCAAAAUAAGCCAGAUGCCAGUCAUACUGACACCACUUCAUUUUGAUCGUGAUCCCUUACAAAAGCAGCCGUCCUGUCAAAGGUCUGUGGUCAUCCGCACAUUUAUCACCAGCGAUUUCAUGACCGGUAUUGCUGCAACUCCAGGCAAUGAGAUUCCAGUGGAGGUUGUGUUGAAGAUGGUGACAGAAAUUAAGAAGAUACCAGGAAUCUCUCGAGUCAUGUAUGAUUUGACCUCAAAGCCACCAGGAACUACUGAAUGGGAGUAAUUAAAUGUGUUUUGAUCUGGUGUAAAAGUACUGUGUGCAGCUUGAAUUUCUAUCAGAAACCAUUCCCAGUGUUGACAUGCAGUACUGUUGUUCAAUUGACUGGAGCUGCUACUGUACGUGAUAUUUGAUUCCGUUUGCAGAGCCUGCACCCAAAGUAACCUGUUACUUUUAACGGGGCAGAGGACUUGUACGGGUAACAAUAAUGGCAGCAAUUGCCUGAGUGCAAACAACUCAUCUUGCUUUGCCUUUUGUCUUAACGGAAUCUGCCUGUUUUUCCAUGUGUUGCUGUUUUCUUUUUUUCUUUGCUUUUUUUUGUUCUCUUUUAUUUUUUAUUUUUUUUCUUAUUUUCUUUUGUAAAAUGUACAAACAAAGGCAGUUCAUUUAUAUACAUUAAUCAAAACCAUUGUAAUAGCCCAAUAAUGUAAAAUGAAAUAACUGAUGUGACCAACUGCUUUUGAACAGAUUUAUUAUAAAAUAAAUAUUUUGCCAAAUGGA